AGGUGGGCAGUAAAGGAGUUGGCGUAAUAUCCCUUUCAAAAAGUGGAGAUGUUGCACUAUCAAUAGCAUCUUACCUGCCAAGUGUUCAGGCCAUAGUGUGGAUCAAUGGCUGCUGCGCCAAUACAGCUCUCCCCCUCUACUAUAAGAAGAACCAAAUCCUUCCUGCAUUAAUGUUUGACAUCAGCAAGUUGAUUCCCACUGAGUCAGGGGCCUGCAUGGCCAAGUAUGUUAUGCAUAAUCCCCUGGCAGAGGAGAACAAGGCCACUCUGGUCCCCAUUGAACAAGCCAAGGGACGUUUCCUGUUUGUGGCUUCAGAGGACGACCUCAAUUGGGACAGCAAGGCUUACAUGGAGGAGAUGGUGGAGAGACUGAAGCACCAUGGGAAGGACAACUUUGAGAGUGUGUGUUACUCUGGAGCGGGACAUUACCUGGAGCCGCCUUAUGGACCCUACUGCCCCGUCAGCAUACAUAUGAUUGUGGGUAAACCAGUCCUGUGGGGGGGUGAGCCCAGCUCCCAUGCAGCAGCUGAAGUCCACCUUUGGAAGAAGAUCCAGGAGUUCUUCAGAACCCACCUGAGCUGUGAUGCCACUCAGACUAAAGCCAAGUUAUAGAAGAAAUUAUUUUACAGGAGACAUAGGAACAGAUCAAUGAUGACUUCUUGCCAGUUAACAUUAAAUAAUUGUAUAUCAAUGUUUUGUAAGAAAAAGAACUGUUUGAUAGAUGAUUGAAUAUUUCAUGUAUUGGAGGAUUAAGACUACCGGUAUUCACAACCUGAUGCAAGGUUACUACUGUGCACUGAGAGAAAAUGCAAAAGAUUUUUAUGUUGCACCAAUAGGAAUAAUUUUUCUAUAUUCAUAAUUUCAGCAAUAGAAAUUGACAAGCCCAAACUGAAAAGAGUGAAAAUACCAGUUAAUGAUUGAUUUUCUAUAUUUACACAUACUGACUUCAGCUAUAAAUAAAAUAAAAUAAAAUAAAUGAUUCCAUCACGUUCAAAUUCGGUUGCUGCAGAAUACAAAGUAUAUUUUAUUGUGAGAUGCUUUAUUAAAGAAUAUCAUAAGCAUUUCUCUGACUUCCUCCCAGACUGUGGCCACCAGAUGGCAAAGUAAUCCUCUAAAUAAUCACGCGUAGCAGGUGUGAACAGAAAAAAUCCAAGCUAAAUUUGAUUCAUUUAAAUGUAAGACUGUAAAAUCAGUAGUUAUACCCCUGGCAAUGUCUUCUUCAGUGUUUGACUAGAACUGAGGUUUCUCCUUGUUUGUAGACAACUUUCUUCUGUAAAAUCAUAUAUAUAAUAAACUGUAUAUAUACAGACA